UCGAUUGGUUGCUUGCAUCUUGGUUGCUCGAGACAGGCUCCUUGGUUCCUCAAAGGAGCGAAACGGGGUCCGCUCUCUUCCCACUGCGCUCUCGAAACUCACCGCCAUUAUCCCAACCAAGGCACCAACACCUCCCAUACUGUCAUCCCAGGCUUUUGAAAUGCCUGCUUUGCCGCUCUCUUCCCCUCUCUGCUCCCCAUGAAUCAUCUUCCUAAAGUUCAGCCAUCUCUAAAAGCUAGCUGCUAGACUGCACUCCACUCGUCAUGGCAAACGUCCCACUGCCAUACUAUUCUUCAGACAUCAUAGAGGACAUCCAUGUAACUUUCGAUUGCCCUCCCGACUCCUCUCCAGAGUACUACCCCCAAAAUACCUACUUCCCAGACACCACUAAGAACAUCGACAUUAUUCUCGACUAUCCUCCCGAAUACGACAAUUCAGAGUACUAUCCUCCCCCACCAGACAGCUUACCAACACCCAGCCUUUCUUUCCCACCGCCAACGACAUCUUUACCUCCACUUCCGCCUGCACCUUCACCCUCCAUCCAGAACCCGUCGUGGGCAGCCACACAUGGGGUAUUACUUGCCGUCCUCGCGGCCGUCGGUGCGGUAUUGCUUGCCAUCGCUGUCGUGGGAAUCAUUUCUGGGGUUGUUGGAAGCGUACGAUGCGUGAGGAGACGGAGGAGGGGCAGGGUACAGGGAGGACAGGCAGGGGAGACUGAAGAAGGAGAUGGUGCUGCGCUCUCUAUUGGGAUGGAGGAACUGACUGCGGCACCGCAGUCUCUGCAGCGGCCGGAGGAGGCGCAUGUGGGGGACGAGGAUUCUGCGGAGGAUGAGAGGGAGGAAGAGAGGGGCAGACAGCGAGAGCGUCCACCUCCGUAUAGGGAUUAUAGAGAGCCCAUUUUUAGGUAUUGA